AUGGCUGGGGACGAGGUGAAGAGAAGGAAGACUCAUCGUCACAAACAUGGUGAUCCUGGAAUGCCAAAACCCCGAAAGCGAUCCGAGGAUGAUAGUACGACAUCGAAAUCGCCCGCCACCACCGAUAGCCCCGCCGAUAUCGAUGCCCUCAGAAAGGCCAGACUCACAUAUCUAGCCAAAUCUCCUGAGGAACGCCGAAACGACAUGAAGUACGAGUAUAUAAAACGGACAAAGACGUCGGAAGCAGACGAAGAGAAGGACAAGCGCCACAAGGCUGUGCGAGGCCAGGUCAUUGAUCGGGAGGAUCGAAAACCUGAGCGCCGUUCCACCACGCGCACGGAUAGCAAUCGACGAGCCGUAGCGCAAGACGAGAGUGAAGAUGACUACGUUUAUUCCAGAAACGAACGAUCGUCUGGCGCACGCAGCACAGGCGCAACACAGAUAGAGACAACUCGUACCCAGAGAACGAAAUCCCAAAGUCAAAAUCCCAAAAAGACGGAAACAACGCGAAGAGCGCCGGAGCGACGGUAUACGGAGCCAGCCAGAAGGAAGGAAGUAUACGUCUUUGAUGAAGUACCCUGCGCAGGCAAAGAGGCGCAUCCGCUACCACGUCGAAUGUCUAUUGUGACCGAGAAACCACGGAAACCCGAGAUUAAGAGAAGCGUUACAACUGUAAAACCCAAGGUUGAAGUGGGUGUCGCAGAAUCCGAGGUCGCUACAACGCCCAAGAAGGGAUCAGGCCUUUUGAGCGGACUUCUACCACCUAAACCAGCACCUCAAAGAAAAGUCUCUUGCCUAACUUGUGGUGACGAUGAAAUUCCAGUGGCACAAUCCGCUCUCCUGCCUUGUAAGCACCGCAUGUGCAACACAUGCCUCAAGCGGGUCUUCAAGAUGUCCGUUUCCGAUCCUGCGCACAUGCCACCUCGGUGCUGUACCGACCAGCACAUUGCACUCAAGCACGUCGAGAAAUUGUUCGACGACAAAUUCAAGGUACUAUGGAACCGCAAGUUUCAAGAAUACAAGACCAAGAAUCGAGUAUAUUGUCCGGGUCGGAAAUGCGGCGCCUGGAUUAAACCACACUACAUCACCAUAGAAAAUGGUCGAAAAAUGCAUACGACUCGUGAGUGCCCCAAGGACCCGGAAACAAAAGCUUUCAUCGAAACGGCGAAGGAGAAAGGUUGGCAAAGAUGUUACAGCUGUCACGCUAUGGUCGAGUUGAAGGAAGGCUGCAAUCAUAUGACAUGCCGCUGCACGGCUGAAUUCUGUAUGGUAUGUGGUCUGAAAUGGAAAUCCUGCGACUGCCCGUGGUUCAACUACGAAGCUGUUGACGCGAAUAUGGGGGAUCCUAUGCGCUAUCAACAAGAAAUGGACCGACGUCGGGAUCAAGUCAACCGUGAUGAAGAGCUCGCUCGACGCAUGCAACAAAUGGGGCUAGGCGACGAUGGUGAAGGUCCAGCUGCUCGUAUGUUUGGGCUGGGAAAUGGAGCGAACCACCACAUGAAUCAGAACUUCAUCCAGCAAGCGCGUGAAGCGCUGACGGCCAAUUAUGCACAAGCGGGCCAGGCUGCUAUGGGCCUUUUGAAUGGCUUCGUGGUCGCAUGCGCGACCCAGCAGAGGGCGAGGAUCCAGGACGGAGAACUGGGCGACGAGCGACAAAUAGACGAAGACAAGCUGGCCUCGACGAAGCAAGAGGAGCAGACAGACGAAUUCAUGAUUGGGUACACGGCAGGGCUUGAUAUGACAGGAACCGGUUCGUCGUUCAUGUUUUACGAGGUGCAGGUCGACGAUUGGGCUCAUGAUCCUGGGAUUUCAUACGGACGGAUGGACAGGAAGAGACGGAAGGCCGCUCGCGAUGGUAAUCUUCGGCUUUUGGAUACCCACGGGCGAGCGUACCACGGUGUUGGGAAUAUCGACGGGGUCAACAGACCAGAUGAAAGGUUUCGGUAUCUAUCAUGA